AAUAACUGAAAACUCUUUCAUGUCCUUUGAUGUGACUCGCGCAUGCGCAAAACUUGCCUUAAAUAGAGGCGAAGACGCGAGCGAGGAAGGACCACUCACAUCCAGCCGUUACCUAGCGACAAGCGACAAGGAUUUGCCGGCGAGUAGACACUCCAACGUUGGAUUUAUGGACGCUGUAAUCCCUCAAAAUUCAGUCAUGGAAGGACGACCUUUGCAGCUGGACGUGGCUGCAUACGAGAACGCCGAACUACCGGAGCAUCAUUUUGAAAACGGCGACAUGGAUGAAGGCUCCCCGCCGGUGCCGGUCCUUCAACUCCCCGCUGUCCCAGACGUCCUAGACACCGACACAAGGCGGCUCAUCGGCCGGUUCCUCACUGACUUUACUGGGCUGUCCACACCUGCUUGGAACCAAAGCAAAGUCCAGUAUACGAUGGAAAAGGUCGUGACGGGAGUGGUGGACAAGUACAGGAUUCCAUACAAUGCCAUCAUCCACAGGCUGUCAUUGGAUCAAAGAGGGCGCGACAUGUCCUUCAUCGGCGAGGUGGCCAGGAAUCUAUUCGCUGACGGGAUAACCAACUGGGGUCGCAUCGCCAGCCUGUUGGCUUUCUGCGCUGUGGUAUCUGAACACCUCAAGGCGAGGCAGCAGGAGUGCUGCGUGGAGCUGGUGGCCCAGGAGGUCUCAAACUUUCUGAUGUCACACCAGCGCACCUGGCUUGUGCAGCACAACGCAUGGGAUGGAUUUCUCACAUUCUUCAAGGAACAAGACCUAGAGUCUACAUUUAAGAAAUCCCUCUUAGCCUUUGUUGGUUUGGCCGGCGUGACAGCAGGAAUCAUCCAUCUGCUGAGAUGAACAUCAGCCAACUUUUAAAAUGCCAUUUUCUUUAUACAGUGUUUUUACUCAAAACAGACUGCCCAUUCACUGUUCAAACACAUUUGUACAAAGAAAGCUAGAGAUGCCUCUUUUUUAAAUUCACAUGUAUAUUUUCUAAAAACUACUGUAAAGAAAACAAGACAAAAAGUGAUCUUAUUUUUACUACUGUUUUUUGUUGGAAAUUCUAUUAUUGACAAGUACUUUUCUUGUAUAGGUAAAU